UAAAUUUCCUAAGGGAUAGAAAAACAGCCGAUUAAUCGUGAUUGAAACGAUCGUCACAAGGAAAAAUAUGGCACAGGCGACACUUGACGUCCUCUUCACAAUUUUUUACGCAUUUUUCUCAUUCUGUUUGAUGUCUCCGCCAACAGAAUUUGUGUCUGCAGGGAUCACCAUCCAGAAUAUGCUCUCAAAUUACCUCGGUAGCGAGGACAUGCAUUUUAUGUAUUAUCAUAUUAAACGUACCACGGUAACAGUCGUGAUCCACUCAUUUUUCCCUUUAGGCUACUAUAUCGGUUCUGGAUUGUUUUCCCCUGAAAAAGACUUAUUUAACAUUUGGAGGUUAUCAUAUUUUUGGAGGACAUAUUUAGCUGUCAGUGUUGCCAUUAUUCUGCUGGCAUUGCUCAUGGCUUUUUACUGGUCAAGGCAGAAAUGGAAUAAUCACCCGAUAUCAAAACAGCUAGGGUACCUACAGGGGAAUGGUGAAUCAUGGAGAACAGUAGCAGCAUCAAUAAAUAUUGAGUUUCGUCGUUUUGAUAAAUUUACCACAGGACCCCAUGGUCAGCGAGUUAUUGUUACAGAUUCUUGGGUGAUUAAAACAGGGGCUUAUUCCCUUAAUAUUGCUCAUCAAAAUGACAUCCACCUGACACUGUGUAAUUCUGAAGAACAUUCACUUUCAUAUGAAAACAUGUCAAGUGUGCAGUAUAUAAAUUUUUCAGUGUCAAGUGUGAAUCCAAAAAUAAAACGUUUUACCAUUAGGUUAAAUUCCAUGGAAUACCGUGACUUGAAGGACAAGUUACAGGCUCCGGUACGGAAUGCAAGAAAUGUUGUGAUACAACAGUCUUUGAGUGACAAGUUCUUGGAUGCAUUUAAAGAUCAGAUCAAAGAAAAUGUGGAUUUCCGUCCACCUCCUAGUUUGGAAAUAGAGACUUGUAUUGGAUGUAUGCAGAAGCAAGCAGAUGUAAAACUAGUGAAACUAUGUGACAAUGCCACUCAAGGAGACUGUGUCCAGUGUUUCUGUCGCCCUAUGUGGUGCCUUGAAUGCCUCGGCAAGUGGUUUGCAAGUCGACAGGAUCAGCAACAUCCAGAGACCUGGCUUAGCAGUAAAUCACCCUGUCCUACUUGCCGGGCCACUUUCUGUGUCCUUGAUGUCUGCAGCAUUGUGAAAACAUAAAAUGGACAUUACAUGUACAUUCCAUACUAUUUCUGGACAUCAUUUUGUACACUCUUCAAAUAAAAGAAAUCAACAUAACAAAGAUUUUAUAUAUUUAAGCAUUAAAAUGCUUUCUGUUGGCAUUCAUUGGUUUAUGAUUGGAAGCUGGACUAAAGGAAAUUCAUCUUUACUUAAAUUAAUUUACUGCUUAUAUAUUAGGCAACUUUUCUUUUUUUUUCUCAUUUCUUAUUCAAUUUAAAUUUUCUGCACUUUCCAUUCACAGGUAGGAGAUGGUAACCUAUAAUUUCAUUACAAUUGAUAUAUAGUGUUGGUGGUUUGUAAAUAUAUAACAAUAAAGUAUAAACUUAACAGAAAUAUGUGGGACCAAAGAACUUGCUAUUAUCUGAUGCUUUGAUUUUUAAGUGAACAUGAGUUUUAUACUUGAACUUAAAGAUUCAAAAUUGAAAAGUGUCGUGAAAGAAUUAUAUAUACUACCAUCAGAUGAUUUUAGGCUUUAUUUAGACAUUGAAGAAAUCCAAGGUGUUUUACCAUAUAUGAAUGUAUGUUAUGGAUGUAUGAUGUUUCCUCAAGAUUUUUAUUAUUUUCUGACAUUACAUUUCUAAAGCUGUUACUUAACGUUUGGUCUGAUUGUGGCUUCAUUUUUUAACGAAAAAUAAUCAGUAUAUACAUGUACAAUUUUUAUUGGAAUAUA